GCGAUAGGCGCAUACUCGUACGGCCGCCAUAUUGUGUGACACUAUUUUGAUUCUUAUCUGUUGGAAGUGCGAAAGGAAGAGAGAAAAUAAGGGGGAGCAGAGGGGGAAAAGCAGAAGAGCUGUCAAAAGAAUCUCGAGUCUGUGAAACAGCGGGCGGCGGAGGCGGUGGUGUUUUUUCUCCCCUCAUCGCUGUCUUUAGCGGAGUGGGGCCUGGGUUCAUCAGCCCGGCCCAGUGCAGUUCCGCGGCGGCGUCUCGGCCCGGGGAGCGGCGGCUGACACGAAGAUGCUAAGAUAGUGGGUGAGCGACGCGUGCGUGCUGAGGUCAAGUCCGUUCUGUUUUGGCAGUAGACGAAUGGCACAGGGAAACCAGCAGAUUGACAACCAGGUUCUGCACCACCUGCGGCAAACGUUUCCAGAAGUCCCAGAGGACGUGGUGUCUGAGUGUGUCCUACAGAAUAAAAACGAUUUGGCUGCAUGUUGCGAAUACCUGGCCAAGGUGAGUCCUGGGUUUUUGUAUAGUGAAGGCAGCCAGAGUUUGACAGAUCUUCGCAAUCACAUGACCCAACUCAACCUCGGCGUCUCUCAGAAUACCCAUGGUGCAGUGCAGCGAGAUGUAGUAAGGAUGAAUGGAAGUAGGACUCUCACCCCCAGUGUGAGCGAUGGGCCUUUAAACGUGCUGUCUCCCCUCUCUGAUUUCUACCAGCCUGAAACGCCAUCUGUGCCUUCACACACGCCCACAAGCCUCAGUGCAUUCACUGCCAUGGAGUCCACUCGUAAGCCGCAGCCUCCUCAGCACCUUGGCCUAUACCAGGUUGGGGGCAAAGGUCACGGACCACCGCCAACCCCGCGCUUCAACCCGAUCACCGUGACGCUCGCACCCAACACCGGCCGAAAUACACCUACCUCCCUGCACAUACAUGGAGGGCCUCAGUCGGGUCUGAACAGUCCAAACUCCAUCUACAUUCGCCCAUACAUGACCCAGCCAGGCUCGACGCGACAGGUACAAGGACGAGCGCAGUACAGUCCCACCUCCCAGCCUACCCAGCAGAUCUAUCAAAUCACUCAUCCUGCAGCUUCCCAGAGUUCGUGGAGCGGCAGCCAGCAUCAAACCUCACACGUAUACAUGCCUAUCAGUUCACCCACCAACACCCAAGCCCCCUCCAUCCCCUCGGCCGUGGCGUCACAGGCCUCCUCUUCGUCACCCUCGCCUUCCUCAUGCUCAUCUGCUGCCUCCUUUAGCCAGUAUAACAUCCAGAACAUCUCAACUGGGCCUCGGAAGAAUCAGAUUGAGAUAAAGUUGGAGUCUCCACAGAGGGGGGCUAGCGGUUCGAGCACGGCCACCUCUACGCUCCUGCGCUCGGGCUCUUCCCCGCGAGCCACCUGUAGCUCCACAUCUUCGUCCUGUCCCUCGUCGUCUUCUCUGGCUGCCAGCACGGGUCCCUCUGCCCCCAUCUCAAUUGGAGGAGCUGGGCUCAGUCGCAGCCAGCCCACGGUGUAUAUCUCUGCGUCCCCACCCACUGCUGCUACUACCCCAUCAGACGAAUGCGCCAUUGUUCCCAACACCCCCCGCUCGCAGCCCAAGUUCUAUAUUUCUACAAACGCAUCCGCCGACGAUGGAGGGGGAAGGAACCCGCCCACAGUCUAUAUCUCGGCCAAUCCAACGCUUCAGGGUUCUGCUGGUCUGCGGGCUUUAGGAAGCCAGGUGAGCAUGGGACCUGCAUAUAUACACCACCACCCACCCAAAUCUCGUCCCUCUGUGGCAGCUGGAGGCACUGCCACGUCUCCUCGUGUGGUGGUAACACAGCCCAACACCAAAUACACCUUUAAAAUCACUGUCUCCCCCAAUAAACCACCAGCUGUGUCUCCUGGAGUGGUAUCGCCAACGUUUGAGCCAACUAACCUGCUCAGUCUUCCUGGCGAUCACCAUUACGCAGAGCCGGAUCCCUUGUACCAGUCUGACCCACUUUCACCUCACCGGGACAAAAGCUCAGAGCCUCGCAGACUCAGCAUGGGUGCAGACGACGCUGCAUACACACAAGCUUUGCUAGUGCAUCAGAGGGCACGCAUGGAGAGAUUGUGGCAUGAAUUAGAGCUGAAGAAGAGAAAGCUGGAGAAGCUGAAAGAGGAAGUCAACGAGAUGGAAAAUGACCUCACAAGGAGACGACUGCAGCGCUCCAACUCAGUCUGUCAGAUACCAUCUAUUGAGGAGAUGCAACAGCUGAGGUGUAAGAAUAGGCUUCUACAGAUCGAUAUUGAUUGUUUAACCAAAGAGAUUGACCUCCUUCAGACACGAGGACCAGACUUUAAUCCCAUUGCAAUUCACAAUUUUUAUGACAACCUUGGAUUCUUGGGUCCUGUAGCUCCUAAACCGCUUAAAAGUCCUACAAAACCAGGUGUAGAUCUCACAGGUUCUCUAGACAGGAGAGGGCGCAAAAUAAACGUCAGCUCCAAGUUAAAGCGAGAUCCGUCUCUACCUCCUGCACCACCUUCUAUGGCUGUAUCCAUGGAGGGCAGUAGGAAUGUGAGGGUCAUGUCAGAGCCUGAGGAGGAUGAUGGAGUUCAGUGGAGCUGUACUGCCUGCACCUUCCUCAACCACCCUGCCCUCAACCGCUGUGAAGAGUGUGAAUUUCCUCGGCAUUUCUGAGCCACACACAAUACAUGCAACACACACACAAGCGUGUCGACAGCCACCGUUUCGCCUCCUCCAGGAAAUCAUGGACACACCUGUUGGAGGAUUUCUAUAAAGCUUCCUCUUUCCCCCACAGUGUCAUUGUGUGUCUGUUUGUCUUGUGAUGUCCACUGAAGACUGGAUGAUGUUUACAGCUCUUUUGUCUCUGUACAAAAUGUGUGCUUCUGUGUCGAGAGGGAGUUUUGUGUGUCGCGUGGGAGAUCAAGGGAAAUUUCACCCGCUUGAUCCAUGAAGAGGCUCAGUGCUGCCAGUGAUAUUAACACGUUUAUUACAUCCACACGGUUUACAUGUGUGGCUACGGAUGCCAGUGUGCCUUUUUUUCAUGGGAACAGUUUUUGACUGCUUUAUGAAUGCUGUUCCCAAAGGAUCAUGAGUGGAAUCUGCUAAACUCGCAAUUCUUUUGUUUGGUAAAUAAAAUGUAAAAAAAAUUAAAAAAAAAUUGCAUGCUUUAGAUGUACAGUUUACAGAGGAGUCCCCGCCACACAGAUUUUACUGUACAUAGUUUUAGAAUGAGCUUUUUGAUGCCUAUUUUCUUUCUCAAGAUUUCACAUGUAUUUCCUGUAAGUAUAGCUUUAUAGACUUCA